UACUGCUAAUGUUGCUAACUCAUUUGAGCCAAAGAAAGAAGGAGGAUAUCAACAGAGGGGGAACUUUCACAACUCUGGAAGAACACAAGGAAAUAGAGGAGGAUAUGCCUUUAGAGGUAGAGGAGGCAGAGGAGGCAGGAUCUCAAACAACCGCCUCAUCUGUCAGCUUUGUCAAAAGCCUGGGCACUCGGCUGAAAGGUGUUGGUAUAGGUAUGAGCCGUCCAAUGGUGGAGGACCUAUAUCCAGACAAAAUCAGCAGUCACAUCUUCAUCAACAAAGUCCCUUUCAUCCUUCGAAAUCCUACUGCAAAUGUAACACGUGCUCAGGGGCCAGCUCAGGGGCCACAAAGCUUUCAGUCUUCCCCUUCACUGUAUUCACAUUCUGUAUCAGAAUGUGGUUUUGAUGUUAACUCAAAUGCCUCUUGGUAUCCAGAUUCAGGAGCGACUCAUCAUAUCUCCAACGAUCUAUCAAAUCUGAACUCCAGCACUGAAUAUCUUGGAGGACCAGGAAACCAAGGGGGUCAUUCUCAGAGGUACUCUUGAGCAGGGGCUCUACCGUUUCCUUCUGCCUAAACCAUCUACCAAGCCUUCCAGCUUUACAAAUUUAAUCAAGAGCAAUGGGUAGCCCAUUGCCUGCUCACUUUCUGUAGGCCCUUUAGCUUCUGUUUCUAGUUUAGGUCCUUCAUCUUUUAGUUCAGUUUCUGUUUCUAGCAUAGACCUAUGGCACAAGAGACUUGGCCAUUGUGCCUUUGAUGUAGUUGAGA